AUGUAUAACUUGAGUUGUUACAACCCCAGCUCCUUUAUCCUUGUUGGGAUACCUGGCCUGGAGAAGUUCCACAUGUGGAUUGGGAUUCCCUUUUGUGUCAUCUAUGUUGUGGCCGUUGUGGGCAAUUGCAUCCUUCUCUACCUCAUUGCAAUCGAACACAGCCUCCAUGAGCCCAUGUUUUUCUUCCUCUCUAUGCUGGCCACCACAGACCUCCUCCUGUCCACUGCCACGGUGCCCAAACUGCUCAGUAACUUCUGGCUCGGCUCCCAAGAAAUAACCUUCUCUGGUUGUCUCACUCAGAUGUUUUUCCUCCACUUCAGCUUUGCGGUGGACUCAGCCAUCCUGCUGGCCAUGGCAUUUGAUCGCUAUGUUGCCAUCUGCUUCCCCUUGAGAUAUACCACCAUCCUGACUCCUCAGGUGAUCGUCAAGCUUAUGGUGAGCGUUGUUGUGAGAAGCUUCUCCAUCAUCCUGCCAGAUGUUUUUCUGCUAAAACGGUUACCCUUUUGCAGGACACAUACCAUCCCACACACAUACUGUGAACAUAUAGGUGUUGCUCGGCUUUCGUCUGCAGACAUCUCUAUCAACAUCUGGUAUGGGUUUGCUGUACCUCUCAUGACUGUUAUCUCAGAUGCUUGAGCCACCGCGCCCGGCCCAGAUGUGAUCUUUAUUGCUGUUUCCUAUGCCUUCAUCCUUCGUGCUGUGUUCCAACUCUCAUCCCAGGGUGCCCGCCAAAAAGCCCUCAGCACCUGUGGCUCCCAUGUCUGUGUCAUCCUGAUGUUUUACACCCCCGCCUUCUUCUCCAUCCUUGCUCAUCGCUUUGGACACAGUGUCCCUCGAAAUGUACUUAUCCUAUUUGCCAACCUCUAUGUGGCUAUCCCACCUGCUCUAAAUCCUAUUGUUUAUGGAGUGAAAACAAAGCAGAUCCAGGAUAAAUUUAUUCUCCUCUUCUCUUUGAAGAAGUCACAAUAA